CGCCACCCGCUUCUUACCCGCCGGAUUCUCGUUCUCUUCUUUUCUCUGCCUCCGCCAAAACCUUCCCUUCCAAUUCCACAGCACUCGCCAGAGGAACCGCUUCAUAUCGGCCGACGCGACGGCGGGCCGUCCUUCGUCUUCUCCAUAUCCUCAUUGCCUCAUCAAUGCCGACACAUUGAGCCGCCUCCUAAACAAUCCCUCACCACUUCCCAAAUUCUCCCCUCCUCCUUCUCUACUGAGCAUAACCAAAACUCUUCUAUUCAAUCUCGACACAACAUAACCCCCCCCCCCAUUUUGAUGGUUUCACGAAGAACGAACGACAAUGAGAGGCCCACCACUGCUCACCAAUUCUUCAACUUCGGUCCUGAGGACAGGGAGAAAUCCCUAGAAUGGUCAAUCCGUGUCAUGCUAUUGGCUAUUGUUCGUUGUUGAGGCGCUUGGGAUUCUUCGCUAGCUCGACCUUGGAUCUGUGGCUGAUCGAGUUUGUCCCACAAUGGCUGGUCAAGUAAAUCUCGUGGUUGGAUCUCUUGUUUGGAUUGAGGAUCCUGAUGUAGCUUGGUUAGAUGGGGAAGUAGUGGAAGUUAAUGGCCAAGAUAUCAAAGUACUCUGUACAACAGGGACUACUGUUGAGGUCAAAUCUGCAAGUGUCUAUCCGAAGGAUCCUGAAUUUCCGUCAUGUGGUGUGGAUGAUAUGACAAAACUAGCUUAUUUGCAUGAGCCAGGACUUCUACAAAACUUAAAAUUUCGUUACGAUGUUAAUGAAAUUUAUACCUAUACUGGAAGUAUACUAAUAGCUGUAAAUCCUUUUCGAAGACUUCCUCAUCUAUAUGCUCAUGAAAUGAUGGAAGAUUAUAAAGGUGCAGCUUUAGGUGAGCUGAGCCCGCAUCCAUUUGCCAUUGCAAAUUCUGCUUAUAGACAGAUGAUUAAUGAGGGUAUCAGCCAGUCAAUUUUAGUUAGCGGGGAAAGUGGAGCUGGUAAAACAGAGAGUACGAAGAUGCUUAUGCGCUAUCUUGCCUUUGUUGGAGGGAGAGCCGGAGGGAAGUCUGCAAGUGGUGAACGUUCUGUUGAGCAGCAAGUACUAGAGUCCAACCCUGUUCUAGAAGCAUUUGGCAACGCAAAGACUGUUAGAAACAAUAAUUCAAGUCGGUUUGGUAAAUUUGUGGAGAUCCAAUUUGAUCAGAGUUUGAGAAUUUCUGGAGCUGCUAUUAGAACUUAUUUAUUAGAACGUUCCCGUGUUUGCCAAGUGUCUGAUCCUGAGAGGAAUUAUCAUUGCUUUUAUAUGCUUUGUGCUGCACCGCCAGAGGAAAUUGAAAAAUAUAAAUUAGGGAAUCCAAGAUCAUUUCAUUAUCUUAAUCAAUCCAAUUGCUGCGAACUUGAUGGAGUGGAUGAUUCCGAGGAAUAUCUUUCUACUAGGAAAGCUAUGGAUGUUGUUGGAAUAAGUACAAGUGAUCAGGAUGCAAUAUUUCGAGUAGUAGCUGCAAUACUUCAUCUGGGCAAUGUUGAAUUUGCAAAGGGGAAGGAUGUAGAUUCCUCUGAACCUAAGGAUGAUAAAUCUCGGUUCCAUCUCAAAAUGGCAGCAGAACUAUUCAUGUGUGAUGAGAAGUCUCUUGAGGAUUCAAUGUGUACUCGUGUGAUAGUUACACGUGAUGAAACCAUAACAAAAUGUCUCGAUCCAGACUCUGCUACUCUUAGUAGGGAUGCUUUAGCAAAAAUUGUUUAUUCAAGACUAUUUGAUUGGAUUGUUGAUACGAUUAAUAACUCAAUUGGCCAAGAUCCUCAUUCAAAGCACUUAAUUGGGGUUUUGGAUAUCUAUGGAUUCGAGAGUUUCAAGACAAACAGCUUUGAGCAAUUCUGUAUCAACCUGACAAAUGAGAAAUUGCAGCAACAUUUCAACCAGCAUGUGUUCAAGAUGGAGCAAGAAGAAUAUACCAAAGAAGAAAUUAACUGGAGCUAUAUUGACUUUAUUGAUAAUCAGGAUGUUCUUGAUCUCAUUGAGAAGAAACCUGGUGGUGUCAUUGCUCUUCUGGAUGAGGCCUGCAUGUUUCCAAGAUCCACACAUGAAACUUUUGCGCAGAAACUUUAUCAAACUUUUAAGGACCAUAAGCGCUUUAGUAAGCCUAAAUUGGCACGAACUGACUUCACAAUUUGUCAUUAUGCUGGUGACGUUACGUACCAAACUGAACUCUUCCUGGACAAAAACAAAGAUUAUGUUGUUGCGGAGCAUCAAGCACUGUUGAGCGCUUCUAAGUGCACCUUUGUUUCAGGGCUCUUCCCCCCCUUACCUGAAGAUUCUUCCAAAUCCUCUAAGUUCUCAUCAAUAGGGACUCGAUUUAAGCAACAACUUCAAUCUUUGCUCGAGACGCUAAAUGCUACUGAGCCACACUACAUACGCUGUGUAAAGCCAAACAACCUUCUUAAACCAUCCAUCUUUGAGAAUAAUAAUGUUUUACAGCAGCUCCGAUGUGGAGGAGUCAUGGAAGCAAUCAGAAUCAGUUGCGCUGGAUAUCCCACUAGGAAGACGUUUGAUGAAUUUAUUGCUCGGUUUAAAAUCUUGGCACCUGAUGUGUUGCAUGGAAGCUGUGGUGAAUCCACUGCGUGUAAGAGGCUUUUGGAGAAAGUUAACCUUAAAGGAUAUCAGAUUGGUAAAACCAAAGUCUUUCUCAGAGCUGGUCAGAUGGCACAAUUAGAUGGUUGCCGAACUGAGGUCUUGGGAAGAGCUGCCAUUGUUAUCCAAAAGAAGGUUCGCUCAUAUUUGGGACGCAAAAAAUUUAUUUUGUUGCGGUUGUCUGCUGUACAAAUUCAAGCCGUGUGUAGAGGACAAGUUGCACGCCAGCAGUAUGAAAAAAUGAGAAUUGAAGCUGCUUCUAUCAAAAUCCAGAAGCAUUGGCGAAGGUAUUUUGCCCGAUGUUGCUAUAAAAAAUUAUGCUCUUCAGCUGUAGCUAUUCAAGCUGGUAUCCAUGGUAUGGUUGCUCUUAAAGAGCUUAAGUUUAGGAGGCAAACAAGAGCUGCAAUUAUCAUUCAGAGUCGAUGUCGGCAAUACUUGGCCUAUAUUCAUUAUUUGAGGAUAAAAAAAGUUGCAAUUACCGCACAAUGUGCUAUGAGAGGAAGAGUUGCACGCAAAGAACUUCAUAAGCUUAAAAUGGCUGCUAAGGAAACUGGUGCUCUCCAAGCUGCCAAAGAUAUGCUGGAGAAGCAAGUGGAAGAACUAACUUGGAGAUUGCAGCAAGAGAAACAAAUGAGGGCUGACAUGGAGGAAGCCAAAACUCAAGAAAACACAAAAUUGGAGUCUGCUUUGCAAGAAAUGGAAACUCAAUUUCAGGAAACAAAAUCACUGCUUAAUAAGGAACGUGAAGCUGCAAAGGAAUUAGCUGAGCAAGCCCCAGUCAUACAGGAGGUUCCCGUUGUUGAUCAUGAACUGAUCAAUAAGCUAACUGCUGAAAUUGAACAAUUGAAGGAAUCAAAAGCACUGCUUAUUAAGGAAUGUGAAGCUGCAAAGGGAUUAGCUGAGCAAGUCCCAGUCCUACAGGAGGUUCCUGUCGUUGAUCAUGAACUGAUCAAUAAACUAACUGCUGAAAUUGAACAACUGAAGGAAAGAAAUGCACUGCUUAGUAAGGAACAUGAAAGUGCAAAAAAAUUAGUUGAGAAAGUCCCAGUCAUACAGGAGGUUCCCAUUGUUGACCAUGAACUGAUCAAAAAGCUAACUGCUGAAAAUGAACAACUGAAGGAAACAAAAGCACUGCUUAGUAAGGAACAUGAAACUGCAACGAAAUUGGUUGAGCAAGUUCCAGUCAUACAGGAGGUUCCUGUUAUUGAUCAUGAACUGAUCAAAAAGCUAACUGCUGAAAAUGAACAACUUAAGGAAACAAAAGCACUGCUUAGUGAGGAACAUGAAACUGUAACGAAAUUAGUUGAGCAAGUCCCAUUCAUACAGGAGGUUCCCAUCGUUGAUCAAGGAUUGAUCAAUAAGCUAACUGCUGAAAAUGAACAACUGAAGGCUCUUGUAACUUCCUUGGCAAAUAAAAUUGAUGAAACAGAAAGGAAAUUUGAGGAAAGUAACAGGCUUAGUGAAGAGCGGCUGAAGCAGGCUCUGGAGGCAGAAUCAAAGAUAAUAGAAUUAAAAACUACCAUGCAAAGGCUUGAGGAAAAAUUAUCUGACUUGGAAACUGAGGAUAGAAUUCUGAGGCAGCAAGCACUGCAGCAGCAAACACUGCAGCAACAAGCACUGCAAAAGCCUCCUUCAAGAAAAAUGUCUGGACAUAUAGUAAUGGCAUCCAAUCAGCCUUUGGAAAAUGGCCACCAUGAAUUACUAAGCCAUGCACCAUCAAAAAAGUUUGGUACCGAUGCUGAUGCUAAAUUGAGGAGAUCCCAAAUUGAAAGGCAGAAUGAAAGUGUUGAUGCUCUAUUGAAAUGCCUGACACAGGAUCUUGGGUUCAGUGAGGGAAAACCUGUCGGUGCUUUUAUAAUUUAUAAAUCUCUCCUCCAUUGGAAGUCAUUUGAAGCAGAAAAAACAAGUGUAUUUGAUCGGCUUAUUCAGUUGAUUGGUUCUGCGAUUGAGAAUCAGGAUGAUAAUGAACACAUGGCUUAUUGGUUGUCCAACACAACUACAUUGUUGUUCCUUCUCCAAAAGAGUUUAAAAGCCACGCCACGGAAGCCUCCCACCCCAACAUCAUUAUUUGAGCGGAUGACCCAAGGAUUUCGUUCAUCUUCUGCCAACCUUCCAGUUGGCACCCUUGAUGUGGUGCGGCAAGUUGAGGCCAAAUAUCCUGCUCUACUUUUCAAGCAGCAGCUUACAGCAUAUGUAGAAAAGAUAUAUGGAAUAGUUAGAGACAACCUAAAGAAGGAACUAUCGCCAUUGCUUUCAACUUGUAUUCAGGCUCCCGGAUCUCCGAAAGAAAAUAGUUUAGAACCAUCUGGCGAGGAAAGUAGUAGUAGCCCUCCCAAUAAUUCUUGGAGCAGCAUCAUCGACAACCUCAAUGAUCAUCUGUGUAGAUUGCAGAAUAACUUUGUACCUGCCGUUUUGGUUCAGAGGAUAUUCUCUCAGGUCUUUUCAUAUAUUAACGUACAGCUCUUCAAUAGUCUUCUACUUCGUCAAGAGUGCUGCACGUUUAGCAUUGGAGACCAUGUGAAGUCAGGAUUGGCUGAGUUAGAGCUUUGGUGUGGCCAAGCAAAAGAAGAGUAUGCUGGGUCAUGUUGGGAUGAGCUAAAACACGUGAGGCAAGCUGUUGGAUUCUUGGUUAUUCACCAGAAGUCUAGAAUAUCUUAUGAUGAAAUUACAAAUGACCUCUGUCCAAUAUUGAGCGUUCAUCAGCUUUAUAGAAUAUGUAAUCUUUAUUCGGACGACAAUUUCAAUACUAUGAGUGUUGCUCCAGAUGUUAUUUCUAGCAUGAAGGCUACAAUGACCGAGGAUUACAACGAUGAGGACAGUAGUUCCUUUUUGUUGGAUGACAAUUCCAGUAUACCUUUCUCAGUUGAUGACAUAUCCACUUCCCUGCAAGAUAAGAAUUUUCACGAUAUAAAGCCUCCUGCAGAACUACUUGAGAAUCCCGCCUUCCAAUUUUUACAGGAUUAAGGCUAUGGUUCUUAUAUUUAUAUAUGAUCCACGGUGCCUCAUACCAGUCUUUGCCCUUUGUAAAUCCACUUCAUUUUUGUCCAGAAAAAGAAAAGGAAAAAAAAAAUCAUUUCACUACCAUUGUAACAUCCAUUGUUCUGGAUGUAAAGUUCUAUGUUUAGAGUUGUACAAUGUCGUUAGGCCGGUUUCUAAUAGUUAAGAAGGGAAAGGGAAUCAGAGAUAGGUUUAAGGUUUUAUUUUGUUAUUCGUUUUAUUCUUUUCAGUUCAAAUUUUCUGUCUUAUUAUUAGUAGGAUAUUUAGGGUCACAGCAUUGAUUGUAGCGAUGGGUAGGAUGUCUGAGAUUGAUCCAAUGUAGUGGGACAAUGGCUUUUCUGCCUCCCCAAUUUCAUAUUGUACAAAGUGACAGAUUAUCUCAAAGAUAUAUUUAGUUGAAUUCCAUUUCUUUUCAUGAACUCA